AGCCAAGAAAGAUGACAUCAGGGCCAAGAAAGAUGACAUCAGGGCCAAGAAAGAUGAUAUCAGGUCCAAGAAAGAUGACAUCAGAGCCAAGAAAGAUGACAUCAGGGCCAAGAAAGAUGACAUCAGAGCCAAGAAAGAUGACAUCAGGGCCAAGAAAGAUGACAUCAGAGCCAAGAAAGAUAUCAGAGCCAAGAAAGAUAUCAGAGCCAAGAAAGAUGACAUCAGGGCCAAGAAAGAUGACAUCAGGGCCAAGAAAGAUGAUAUCAGAGCCAAGAAAGAUGAUAUCAGAGCCAAGAAAGAUGACAUCUGGUCCAAGAAAGAUGACAUCAGGGCCAAGAAAGAUGAUAUCAGGGCCAAAAAAGAUGACAUCUGGUCCAAGAAAGAUGACAUCAGGGCCAAGAAAGAUGAUAUCAGAGCCAAAAAAGAUGACAUCUGGGCCAAGAAAGAUGACAUCAGGGCCAAGAAAGAUGACAUCAGGGCCAAGAAAGAUGACAUCAGGGCCAAGAAAGAUGACAUCAGGGCCAAGAAAGACGUCAGAGGGGGCCCAAAAAAGAUGUCAAAGACGCCAAGAAACAUAUUAGAGGGGCCAAGAAAGGCCAAACAAGCUGUUAGAGAAGAUUUGAAAAAUGUGAAGGAGGCCAAGCUGUCAAAGGCCAAGAAGAGAUCAGAUGUUAUGACUUGUGAAGUCACAACUGACCAAGAACCAAAGGAGGAAGUCACAACAGACCAAGAACCAAAGGAGGAAGUUAUAACAGACCAAGAACCAAAGGAGGAAGUCACAACAGACCAAGAACCAAAGGAGGAAGUCACAACAGACCAAGAACCAAAGGAGGAAGUCACAACAGACCAAGAACCAAAGGAGGAAGUCACAACAGACCAAGAACCAAAGGAAGUCACAACUGACCAAGAACCAAAGGAGGAAGUCACAACGGACCAAGAACCAAAGGAGGAAGUCACAACGAACCAAGAACCAAAGGAGGAAGUCACAACGAACCAAGAACCAAAGGAGGAAGUCACAACGAUCCAAGAACCAAAGGAGGAAGUCACAACAGACCAAGAACCAAAGGAGGAAGUCACAACAGACCAAGAACCAAAGGAGGAAGUCACAACGAACCAAGAACCAAAGAAGGGAAGUCAUAAUGGUACCAAAAAUGCC